CGAAUCUACCCUACAUUGCGUUGGAUAUCUUUGAUGGAUGUCUCCGCGUCGUUAAUUUUGUACUGACCGUGUUCCAACUGUCCAGAUGGCUGAGGCGGCCUCUUCAUCCGGCAGCAACGUCCGCGGUCUGUUACUGCACAGUCUGAUUACUGACUCUUCCUAGAAUUUAGGAAUAUAUCUCUAGGGCUCGAAAAAUGGGAUGGGCAUUGAAAGCGUUAAAUGCGACUGUGCGGGGCUCAUGGAGGUGAACAGUAUAAAGGCCGUCGGCAGCGGUCCUGAGGCGCGGGAAUUUAUGAAUCCUCACUUCAUCCUCAAUCACGACCAUCCCCUAUUGGUCCACGCAUCUGUCACCACCUCUCGUCUGCGCUGACAUUCCCUGUCCCAUUUAUCUCUCCCUAGACCAAAAUCUCGAAGGCUAAGAGACCUCAGCAACUUGCCACCAAGAUGUCUGGAGCCGCAGCCGCCAGUAUGGACAGCAAGGCCUCGGACAAGAAGGCAACGAAGUUCUUCCUUCCACGACCAGCGGUCGACCUCCGUGAAGCACUAUACGCCAACGGACGACAGCCUUCUGACUCAGAGAAGUGGACGGCAUAUGAAUUGAUCGUCAAGAUGGAGGGCUGCGAGUCGUACGCGCGCAAGACGCACUCGAAUUAUUGCACUCACAUCGAGCGUAAGAGGAAGGCAGGAUUGAAAGGCAGGUUUCUCAUAUUUGACAUCACAGCGCUCACGCGGAACCCACAGACACGUCUCCCAACACCUGAUCGAUGAUCAUCUCUGAAACAUACAGAUCACGUCGCGGCAUGGCUACAGCAAGUCCCCAACCCGUCUCUCGCCGACAUGCUCUUGUGGUCGCGCGUGCUUCAGGUGUCCCCGUCCAUCGUGUUCGAGAUCAUUAUAGAGGAGGUGCCGCGUGGCGUUACAGAGUUUGUGGAGCUCCAGCACGCUCUGAGCUUGUGCAACAUGACCCCGUCUGCGUGAUGGCUUUGACGUUUGCAGCCAGAAUAAGGGUGGAGAACUCGGGCGGAGAGACUAAGACGUUGCCCUUGGG